GCGCCCCCUGCCGCCGGGAGGAAACCCGUCUCCGAGUCCGCUCACAGCCACAUUAGCACAGCCCUGAUAGCACAGCCAGCGUGCUCCACGGUAAAAUAUCGAUUAGUCUAGUAAAAUCACUAACAAUGAGUGAUAACGACAAAGGAAGGGAGUCUCGCUCCGCUUCCAGGAGCUUGAGUCCGCGGGAAUCUAGGAAGUCGGCAAGCCGGUCCCUCACUCAUUCACCCGCCGGUUCGAAAGAUGGCUCCCGCCGCUCUCGCUCCAGGUCUAAAUCUCGCUCCCAUUCUUACCACGGCUCACGGAGAUACCACAGCCGAUCUCGGUCCCGCUCGAGGUCCGACCGCCGGCGGUCUCACAGCAGGUCCUACAGUGGAGAGCGCCGGCGCAGGAGCCACAGUCACUCUCCGAUGUCCAACCGUCGCAGGCACAUCGGGAACCGGGCUAAUCCGGAUCCAAACUGUUGCCUGGGAGUGUUUGGCCUGAGCUUGCACACCACCGAACGGGACCUGAAGGACGUCUUCACCAAAUACGGGCCCCUUGCGGACGUCUCCAUCGUGUGCGACCAGCAGUCCAGACGCUCCAGGGGAUUUGCUUUCGUUUACUUUGAGAACAACCAGGAUGCUAAAGAGGCGAAGGAGCGAGCCAAUGGCAUGGAGUUGGACGGUCGUCGAAUCCGGGUGGAUUUCUCCAUCACGAAAAGACCUCACACCCCGACCCCGGGGAUCUACAUGGGGAGACCCACAUAUGGUGGUGGUGGAGGUGGUGGAGGCGGUCCCAGCGGUCCUCGGCGACAUCCACGAGAGUACGAUCGUGGAUAUGACAGAGGAUAUGACAGAGGAUAUGAUCGCUAUGACGACAGGGAAUACUACAGAUCCUACAGACGGCGAUCUCCAUCACCAUACUACAGAGGAGCGUACAGGUCUCGGUCAAGAUCCCGCUCCUAUUCUCCCCGUCGCUAUUGAUCAUUGAUCAAAUUCCUUCUCUUCCCAAGGACGGACAGGAAAAAUUUAUGACAAAUACAGUAGACUUUGCAGUGCACCAUCUUUCUUAAAGGGAUAUUUGGCUUUCUUUCAAACAGACUUGUAUGAGGCGAAUUCUGUGUUGUUGGGCAUCUGGGUGGUUAAUUCCCGCGGUAUAUGUGGAGCAAUAUUUUUAGUGAUCGGCAUCAACAGUGAAGCAUGUAGUCGUGAUUUAGAAAAAACUGAAUCUGUAUAUUUUCACCACUUUACGGGGCAGUGGCAGUCUUUCUUUGCACAACCUGGGAGUUUUUCGUCCACCAAUAUAUCAACUGCUUAGGUUGUUAUCGUGUGACUUAAGUGUUUUGAAUCUUUCAGUUCAAGAUCUGAAAUGAGCCAAUACAUUUUUUUUUUAUUUUCUUAUUUUUCCCCAGGCAGUGGAGCCUUUCUUGUUCUGUGUUGUGCAGCCACAGUUAUACUUUCAUCAUAGUCACUUAGAAACAGGCGUCCAUGCGUGUAAUGGCAUCUGUUCGCCUGUAAGUGUGCCGACUGCAAUCUACUCUUGAGUAAAUUCACUAAGAAUGAGCGCUUAAUACAUUCCCACGUUAGGAAAAAAAACAAACUGUCCCUUUAACGUCAGAGCCGCAAUUGACUUUACACACGUUGUGAAAAAGUAGACUGACGCGAACCGUGAAGAACUUGCUCGAGGUUUUUCAUUUUAAAUGUAAAGUCUAAUUCUGCUGUUGUAAAUGUUAUUUUUUUGUUGUUUUAAAAAAAAAAAUGAAGUGGAAAAAUCACCCUUGACCAUAUUAAAAGGAGAUGUGUUGUUCUUUC